UAUAGGCUGCCUUACAGCUGGGAAGUUCUGGAGGGCCAUCAGUGGACGCUGCUGGAUGGCUCAGAGAAGAUAGAAGAGGAUUACUGUAACCCCAAAAAAGCAUACAGCACGGUGGAUGUAGAAGCGGUGUGCUUUGGCACAAUGACGCGUGGACUCCAGAAGGUCAGGCGUCUCUCCUCCGCCUCCUCAGUCCUCCAGCCCACCUUCCUGCUCACCACCGAGUGGCUCUGGUACUGGGAGGAUGAGCAUGGGAACUGGAACCAGUACGAUUCACCACCCAACAGCAGCACAGAGCUGGAGCAGAAGUUCCAGAACGACCCCCAGGAGGUGGUGGAGUUCACCGCAGGGUCCCAGACCUACACACUCAGCCUCCAGGACAUGAUCCAGACCAAUAAGAAACACGGCACCAAGAGGGUGGUGAGGCGACGGCCUCGGUUCCGGUCCUCCGCCGACGUACAGGUCAUCAGGACAAGAAGGCCUCCAAAUGGUCCACCAAAUGUCCAAACUUUUCCCAGUCACUGGGACAAGACCCAGGUUCCUGAGACAGGAUACAAGAAAGUACUGCUGCAAGAUUCAUCCGAAGAAUACAAAGAGGUGGAGACGCUGUUUCGUCAGACGAUGACCGACUUUGACAUCGUGAAGAUCGAGAGGAUUCAGAACAAGAGUCUCUGGGACCACUUUCGGUUGCAACAGGAACAAAUGAAGACGAGGAACGGCGGGUGUUCCGUGGCCGAGAAGAAGCUGUUCCACAGCACAGACUCCAAGUAUAUCGACGACAUCUGCUGCUCGAACUAUGACUGGAGAAUCUGCGGAACACACGGAACCGCCUACGGCAAGGGCAGUUACUUUGCCCGGGACGCCAGCUACUCCCACAAAUGCACUGGGAACACCUCGACGGUCCACUCCACGUUCGUGUCCCGGGUGCUGGUGGGCCACCACACCCUGGGCUCGGCCGGCUACGUGCGCCCGCCCUCCAAAGACGGUGGGGACACCCUCUUCUACGACAGUUGUGCUGAUGACAUCCUCUCUCCCUCCAUCUUUGUCGUCUUCGACCAGCCUCAGAUCUACCCGGAGUUCCUGCUCACAUACAAGGAGAAAGCGUUGGCCUUCAAGCCAAAUGUCCAAGCCUUUCCUAGUCACUGGGACAAGUCCAAGGUUCCUGCGACUGGACACGAGAAAGUUCUGCUGCAAGAUUCGUCCGAAGAAUACAAGGAGGUGGAGACGCUGUUUCGUCAGACAAUGACCGACUUUGACAUCGUGAAGAUCGAGAGGAUUCAGAAUAAGAGUCUCUGGGACCACUUUCGGUUGCAACAGGAACAAAUGAAGACGAGGAACGGCGGGUGUUCCGUGGCCGAGAAGAAGCUGUUCCACAGCACAGACUCCAAGUAUAUCGACGACAUCUGCUGCUCGAACUAUGACUGGAGAAUCUGCGGAACACACGGAACCGCCUACGGCAAGGGCAGUUACUUUGCCCGGGACGCCAGCUACUCCCACAAAUGCACUGGGAACACCUCGACGGUCCACUCCACGUUCGUGUCCCGGGUGCUGGUGGGUCACCACACCCUGGGCAUGGCCGACUACUUGCGUCCGCCCUCGAAGGACGGCGGGGACACCCUCUUCUACGACAGCUGCGUGGACAACAUCCGCUGGCCCUCCAUCUUUGUCAUCUUCGACCCGCCUCAGAUCUACCCGGAGUUCCUGCUCACGUACAAGAAGAAGGCAUUGCCCCUCAAGAAAACAGACAACUGGUUUAGCUGGCAAAGGUUAAUGGCGGUCUGUUGUUGUAAAUUGCAACAGAGUUCCGGCACUUAAUUAAUGAAUAAAUAUCAACUAUCGCGCGAUGCUGUUUAAAAAUAGCAUUAACCCAGCUCUCCUACUCUCUCUUCAUUGCGUUCUUCAUCAAAUCAAAACGUAGCCUAAUAUUGUGUCCUGGCCCCGCCUGCACAAAUACGCGGCUAUCUGCCUAUCUUUAACCUGUAAUUUUCAAACGUUAUGUUUUCAGUGCUGGUGGUCCUCAUAUCUCCUGUCUGGGUCGAGGCUGGUGCUUCACACAUGCCAGUCAGUACGAAGCAACCAUCAAUGAUAAUGAACUUUGAACAAGACAAAACAAAUUCAGUUAUUUGAAAUAAUUUCUGACUGGCACCACAGCGAGUGCAGUAGCAGGCUUCGCUUUGUCUGGUAUUAAUUACUACAUUGCCAUUGACCCACUCAAAAGACGAUUUGACCGUGAAGAUGAAUGCCCAUAUGAAGAAAUUCUAAACAAGAAUCCCGUAAAACUAGUCACUGAUUAAAGCGCUAUGCGCAAAUUGUUUGAUGACUGUGAGAUACAGGUGCGUAGCCUUGACGUACUAGGUCUUGUAGCGGACACCUAUGGAGUUUAUUAUAUCCAAUCUUGUUGCAAAUUAUCCUGGAGGACAUUGCUCUCGAAUUCACCAAAUCAGGAGCUGAUAAUGUUCUCAAAGCAAAAGAGUUGAUGGACUUUCUGAAAUAAGAGGUGGGGAGUAGAGAAAGAAUGGUGAAUCUCAUUUAGAAGAAAGAAGUCUCUCAGAACAAAUGGAGGAAUGCUGGCACUGACAAGGAACGCACGCCAGAGCGCAGGACGAGAAGGCCCAACUUCAGAACCAUGACAUCCUCAGCUGCGGCAUUCCAUAUGUAGAGUCUGAAUGACAGCGACUGUUUGUUUUGUGGCAAACCUGAUCCCAGAUCUCCUGGCUUUACUGAAUUAACAGUGGAUAUUAGGAGAGAAAGUUGAAACGAUUAGGCAGAUUUUUUGUUUGUUUAGGGCCCAGACACAUUGUGCGUAACUGCAAGGCGCAUGGUAUUGAAUAUGCACUGUGUGGCAAACAUCAUAAAACAAUUUGUACCCAAAAGUCAACCCAGAAAAUAGAGACCACGACCUGCAACAGAGGUAGACACUGCUCAAACUCAAUGUUCAGUUUCGCUAGUGAUGGCAAUAGUAAAGCAGCGCUGUUAUAAAAUGGCAACCAUUUUGGUAGAUACGCCACGACAAAGCCAAAUUGCAAAAUGCUUGUUAGAUGGGGGAAGUCGAUUUAGCUUUAUCCGUGAAGAGAUUUCUUAAGCUUUGAACCUGCCAGUAGUGGGUACAGUUAGUACUUUUGUCCUUUUGAUUUCUUACACUUUGGGCCGUUGUUGGCUAGCCGGGUCCUACCAGACUCUCGUACUUUAAUUUGCACAGAGAGUCUUGCCAUUCUCCAUUGACAAACGUUAAAUCACUUGGAGGCGGCCGUCUGUUGGAGUUUAAAACUAUUGGAUCUGCCCAGUGCCACUAUGGAUCUGCCAUAACCAAUCGCUAACGUUUGACUAGAACUGAAACUAGCACACAACCUCAACGUCAUUGCUCUCAUUCACUCCCUCUGUGCAAUGAAUGGACCGGCAAAAAUGUGGCCCAAUAAAAACCGCGAAUAAAGCGCAAACCCAGACGUAGUACUGAAGCAAAAUCAACCAGGCUAGUUGUUGGCCGUACAUAGCAUUCUGCUAAUGAAUGCUGAUGGAUCAGGGAUGGACUUGCGACUGAUUACAACCAGAGACCCCGCUUGAUGGCAUCUGAAGCUGAAGCAGAGUCAGAAACAUUAUCUUAAGGAGGACUUUCCGUCAAAGUUAAUUGUUAUAUAUUAUUUGCAUAUAUAUAUAUAUAUAUAUUAUUUAAUAUAUUAUAUACAGAACUUGCCGUAGAGCAGGACCUCUGGCCGUGACGUCAUCAUCUUUUUAAACAGAUUUUUAGAACGGAUAAAGUAACUUGUAUGUGUAUUAUCUUAGCCCCCCCCUUUUGAAUGCAACUUUCAAAUUACUUGGCAAAAUUAUGGGAUUUGAGGGUGUAACCCUGUUGACUCCCAUUCAUUCUGCACUCACCGGCGAGCACCCAAGCAUGGACAGAGAUGUGUUACCACAACCAGGUCAGAAACCGGAAGUUACCAGUGGAGAAACCGGGAGUUACAAGAGAGUGCCGGUUCUCUUCAUAUUAGACAUUCUCUGUAACAACUCACGUCACGUGGUGGUACCCCUUUAAUCUUAUUGCCUUGUCCUGCGUACUAUGGUGAGGGUUUCAGUGCGCCCUAAAAAUGUAUCCCCCGGCCCCUCCCUUCUCCGUUCCAUUUUGGAACAUGUUUGGUUUCAUUUAGCUUGUUUCAAAUAUUUUUAUUAAUUAAUUAAGGGCAUCACCAGAGGGUGCCCCCAACACAUGAUCUCGUUCACCGUUGAGGCGUCACCACAGCCCUAGCAGUUUUGGAGAUACUCUAUUUACUUUGGGUACAUUCUUUUCUGAAAAAAUGUGUUUUCCCCUGGUAUUGAAAAUGGUAUAGAAUAUCCAUAUUUUUCCAUGUAUAGGAUCGAAGUUAGAAAAUCCAGUAUUGUGACAACAAUACUAUAAACGCGAUUGUGAUUAUUCAGUUAGACCUACAAGAUACUUGAAAGGUAAAAAAUGAAGAUGUUUGCUACUA